CUGGGGGAUGAUGCAAAGCUUCCCCAACACAGCAAGUCCUUUAUAGAUUAAGCCAAACCUAAAUUUCUCCAAAUCUUUCCACAGUGUCAGCAUAUUGCCGUGCGAGAUACAGAGGAGGACAUGUUCAAUUUCCAUGAGUUCUGGAUCCCUUCCUACUGACUUCAGCAGGCCUUCGUUCAGGCUUCAGCAGCUUCUUGAUGUUUGGAAAGUUCUGAGACCCAGCCUGUUGGACUACUUGUAACCAGCACCUAAGGGUACAGAAACUUAUGUCUGGAAGAAUCUCCUUCUGAAGGAAACAUCCAUCUCAAUAUUGCGAAAACUCUGUCCAGGCCUUACAAGGCAGGAGAGUGAUUUGUGCUUCUGCUGACACUGGUGUGUAAUCUCUGCUUCUUAUGCACUCCAGCACCCCUAUCAGUUCCUUGUUCUCCUUCACCAGCCCUGCAGUGAAAAGGCUGCUGGGCUGGAAACAAGGAGAUGAAGAGGAAAAGUGGGCAGAAAAAGCUGUUGAUUCCUUGGUGAAGAAAUUAAAGAAAAAAGGUGCCAUGGAAGAACUGGAAAGGGCUCUAAGCUGCCCAGGUCAGCCUAGUAAAUGUGUCACAAUCCCACGUUCCUUGGAUGGGCGGCUACAGGUUUCUCACCGCAAGGGGCUCCCCCAUGUCAUAUACUGCAGAGUGUGGCGCUGGCCUGAUUUACAGUCUCACCAUGAAUUGAAGCCACUGGAAUGUUGUGAGUUCCCAUUUGGCUCAAAACAGAAAGAAGUGUGCAUUAACCCCUACCAUUACCGGCGGGUGGAAACUCCAGUUCUACCUCCUGUACUUGUUCCAAGACACAGCGAGUUUAACCCUCACCUCAGCCUUCUCGCCAAGUUUCGAAAUACUUCUCUGCACAGUGAGCCACUGAUGCCUCACAAUGCCACCUAUCCUGAUUCUUUCCAGCAUCCUCCAUGCACCCCUUUUCCACCAUCACCCAGCCACAUGUUCUCCCAGUCACCUAACAGCAUCAGCUAUCCCAACUCACCAGGAAGCUCUUCUGGACCAGGAAGUCCGUAUCAGCUCACAGUGGAAACUCCACCCCCACCCUACCAUGCAAGAGAAACUCCAGGAAACCACAAUGGGCGGUCAAUGGAUGCAAUAGCUGAAAGCCAACUAGUACUGUCUCUGCCCAAUGGAGUUAAAUCUGCCGAUGGAGAAACUGAAAAUUUUCGGCCUGUUUGCUAUGAGGAACCACAACACUGGUGCUCAGUUGCCUACUAUGAACUCAACAACAGGGUAGGAGAGACUUUCCAGGCUUCCUCUCGAAGUAUCCUUAUAGAUGGAUUUACAGAUCCCUCAAAUAACAAAAACAGGUUCUGCCUGGGACUGCUCUCAAAUGUAAACCGCAAUUCUACUAUUGAAAACACCAGGAGACACAUAGGAAAAGGUGUUCAUCUUUAUUAUGUUGGUGGGGAAGUGUAUGCUGAGUGUGUCAGUGACAGCAGUAUUUUCGUGCAGAGCCGCAAUUGUAACUAUCAGCAUGGUUUCCACCCAGCCACUGUCUGCAAGAUCCCCAGUGGCUGCAGCCUCAAGAUCUUCAACAACCAGCUCUUUGCCCAACUGCUUGCCCAGUCAGUCAAUCAUGGUUUUGAAGUGGUAUAUGAGCUGACGAAGAUGUGUACGAUUCGAAUGAGCUUUGUUAAAGGCUGGGGAGCAGAGUAUCAUCGCCAAGAUGUUACAAGCACGCCCUGCUGGAUUGAGAUCCACCUGCACGGACCAUUGCAAUGGCUGGAUAAGGUUCUGACACAGAUGGGCUCACCUCAUAACCCCAUCUCUUCCGUCUCUUAAGAAUCAUCUCUAGAAUUCCCUUAGGAUGGAUGCUAUUGCAGGCAGUGGCUUAUAGGAUUUCCAGUGAACAGAAGCUUCUAUAUGUAGAUGUAUGCAGAUGUAAAUAUAUCUAUACAUAGUCUACUCUCCUAUUUUUUUUCAUGCUAUGUUUUGUGGUUUCUAGUUAUUCCGAUGCCAGUACAAUAAGUGUAGGAAUUCAGGUAUAGCAUAUCUGUUCUCAAAAUAAGCCAAGUUCCUGCAAAAGUGUCAAGCAGUUUCUGUGAGCACCUUCAUUCCCCAACCAAGCCAGUAAACGGUGCGAAUUCUCAGCACUUUCACAUGGAUUCAGAAACCUGGCUGUUGCUGUUCCUAGUAGGUGAAAUUCACCCUUCUGCAGGCAACAAAAGUCAGAUAUUGGCACCAUUUAUAUUCAUUUUACAUCCUAACUUCAGAUCUGAGAGAGGACCUUAGGUGGUGCACAGGACUUAAGCAUAUAGAAGACUUUUCUCCAGUGAACUGAAGGAUUAAACAGCAAUUCCAGUCUGUCUCCAUACUGCAAAGCACUGUGGGACCACAGAUCCUGUGAGGAGCUGAGACCCCUGGGUUUGGCAGGAGGAGAGAGCCCUUGGGAUGCCUUUGGCUCUGGUGGCUUAUCAGAGCAUUCUGGACACAUCUGAGUAGUCCGAUACACUUAACACAGUAGUUUAUGGUACUGCUGCACUGAAAAGCAACAAGCUCCUAAGAAAAAAAAGAAAAUUUGAAGUAUAUGCCUAGAAGUUUAAAAUCUAAUUAACUUCCAGUGCUUUUUUGCAAAGUACGUACAUACUUACAUAUGUAUCUGGCAUGUAAACUGAAUCCUAUCCAUUAUACAGUAUUGAUGUUGUUUGUUUUGAAGUUAGGACUAUCUGUAGUUAGACUACUGUGCUGAUACCAAGGGUACGUCUAAAAGGGACUUGAACUGUGAUUCAGGAAAAGGAAAUGAAGUGUGCAUUGAAGAACUGAGAAAUGAUAUCAUCAUUCAGCUCAGGACAGUCUGUGUUGGGAACAGGAAGGCCCAUGCUCACAAGAUACAGUGAGGAGGAGUUGAGAGGCAGUCAGGCUGUGCCCUGCACUGUGCCAGUCCUUGACCUGACUGCAGUGCCCUGGUUUGUCAGAGGGGCUCCUGGCAUUUUGUUAAUACCAUGGAUGGUUUCUCAUCUUGCAUAGAGGCUUUAGCAUUUGCGGUGUUGUAGCCUUGCCUGCACAGGAUGGUGAAGCAGCAUAAGCCAUAAGCAAGAGAAGAGUGUGUCUAUGUGUAAAGCUUUCUUAACAGUACCUUGUCUGUGGACCUAUAAGCAGGAGGAAUUAUGGUCGUACUGUCAUCCCCAGAGCCAGCCUUUCCAAGUGCUGUUCUUUUCUGGUGAGCCGUGGGAAAUAGUACUGCAUUUUGAUGGUCCCCUUUACCUUGCUGAAAGGGUAAAGGAUUAUUUCCCUGAGAGCAUAACAGGCCCCUGAAAACUGCUUUGCAUUAAAGGUCAACAAAAGUGGUAACUUUUCAAAUCUCACACACUAGAAUUAUACUGAGAAAAAUAUGUUCUACAUAAUAUUCCUUUUCUUCUCACGCAGUAUCUGGUGCUAUACAAUUUACUGCUUAAUUACAAGAGAAUGCGUGAAAUCUUCAGGUACAUUACAUAGGCAAACCAAGUAAUAUUCACUGGAAAUACUUUCUGUGUCUUUUAGAUGCUAUAUAAUGCCUGCUACAAGGUGGCAGUUAAGAACAGAGCAGAAGAAUGCAUAAAACAGAGGGGUUACUUCCUUUAAACACACCAUCAGCUGCCUCCAGCAUUGGCAGGGCACAGGAGGACAGAUGGUUGUUAAGUUCAAGCAGAACUGCAGGUUUAUAGGAAGUUCAUAAAUAUGAAGAACUGUAUUCUGUCACCAUUUGCCAUCAACAUCAUCAGUGUGGAGUAGGAAAAGCAUGGCCUGUGGCAGUGAUUCCAGUACAAAGGUCCCACCCAAAUUCCAGACGUGCCAUUUACUGCUUAGCAGACUGAAGAAAGAUGGGUUUGGAAACAGACCUUCUCCUCAGCUCCCUUGGUCUCCAGUGUCACUGUAUUUAGCUGUUGGUACCAUUGUUUUCAGGGUGUCCAUUGUGCCCUUUCCCCAGUUGUUCUUUUCAUAUUGCUAAUCCCUUUAUUUAGCAGCUAAGGACAGGGAAAUCAGCUCCCCUGUCCAGGAGCUAGCACCGUCCUUCGUCCUAAAUUCUUCUUUGCCUCUUAGGCUGAAACCUCCUCCCCUUCUCACACAAAGAGAAGCCUAGGUGUUGCUUCUGGACAUCGCCAGCAUUGUCUUCUCUCUCCCAGAGAGCAAAGGUGGCUGUGCUAAGGGGCACUGCUUUUGGGCAGCUCCAGAACCCAGUUUCCUGCUGAUGCUGCAGAGGAAGAAGCGCAGACAGUGAAGAGAAGCAUUUUUUUCUGAGGCAUCAUUCAUCUCAUCAUGAGGUCUUUCAGGUGGAUCAGAUACACUUCACCCUGAGCAUUCUUCUGUCUGCCAGCUGUGUGUAAGGGGAAGACACGGUCAGAGAUGGACUGCUACAGUGGAUGCAUCCAGAAGGAGGUGAGGUGAGCCCAUGGGCAGGUGGCCUUACAGCCUGGUAAUGAUGCCUCCUCAGUGAGUGUGUCUGUUUUUUAAAUGCACGUUGGUAAAUUCAGAGCAGCUUUUCCUUUCCUGUAUUUCUGCUCUUGCAGCAGUCCUCACACAGGUAGCCCUUUGGCCUCCAUGCAGUCCAUGUGUGCAUCUCAUUAAAGGCUGUCACCUUCAUGUGCCCUUCCUCCUAAAGGAAAGAAACAGGCAUUUCUGGAGUGCACUUCUUCUGACCUACUUAAAUGCCUACAGUAAGAUGAGACAAAUCAUUUAACUAUUUGCUGAAAGACCCUCAGAGUCUUCUCUAGUAUGUGAAUUAAAAAUAAAAAAUUCAGGUUUCUCAUAAUUUACAGCAAGGUACCUUUGUAUUUCACUGUAAUGCCUUCCCAUUUUGGAAGGAGAUCUUUUGUGCUCCAAGAUCCUCAUGAACCCUUCACCCUGUGUAUUCAGUUUAUAGCCUUUAAAGGCAUUCAUUAAUACCCAAGCUUUUCAGAUGGACUUCCUGAGGGAUUUAAAACCACUUACAGGGAGACUGCUUAGCUGAAGGCAGAUUUUUUUAAAUGUCUUUUGAGUCAUCAACGUCAAACCCCGUUGAAGGUUUCUGUGGAGAAGUACUAUGCAGCAGCAGGCAGCAAUGGGAGUUUGGUCAGGCCGUGGCAUAAAGAACAUCCAUCAUGGUACUCAGACCUCUUGUUUUCUUAUUAAGUAGUUGAGAAGAGACUGUCUAAUUGCUGCCAGUUCAUCUGCAGCACCAGUGUUCAUGUGCCAUUCACAUCCAGAGGGGACUGACACAGGUCUUAUGCUGCCUGAAGCCAUUCCAAUGCCACUGCUGCUCUCCUUGUGCCCAAAAGUUACACUGCAACAGACAAUGAAUAAGAUGGCUGGAGCACUCAGAAGUGUAGUACAGGCUUUGCCUCCCUUCAGAUCCCUCCUUACAGAAAACUCAGCUAGCAAGCACCGUGUUAAGCCUUCCCACAGCCUGAGCAGCCUCCUUGGAGACGUCUCUGCCUUGAGCAGGGUGUCAGAGUGGGUGCCCAGAGAUCCCUUCUGGUUUACAUCGUUCUGUGGCUCUGUACAGACGUUCAGUGGUAACUGGUUGUCACAGGCAGGAGUUCUCUGUUAGUGAAGACAGUGUCAGGAUGAAGCAUGUUUAUUUACUCUCAGCUAUUUCUGCAUGAGUUCAGUACAGGACAGAGUUGUUAGAUAUUAAUGUUUCAUGAGUAUAAAACCAGCACUGGAAACAUCUCUCAUUGUAAACAUCAUCCCAUCACAUAGCUCUUAAAAUGGAGCAAAUCAGGCAUUUGUGACUACAGCUUUGUCUAAUCCCCCCGCGUUCAUCCUUGCUUCUGGCACGCAUCCCUGGCUGAUAAGUGCUGCAAGUCAAAGUCUCAGCAGUACUGCACAAACCACUGGAUAUGCAGAGGCUGCUCAGGCAGACAUGUCAGCUCCUUGGUUGGAUCAAGCAAACAAUCAAGGAACUUGAUAGGCCUUGGUAGACUUUGAAGGGGUCUCAAGUACAUGGCUCUUCAUCGACUUCUCUGGUGCUGAAAGCCUGAGUGGGCAUUUAGUCUUUGUUCAGUGGAGAGAAAUUGCUCAGUGUCUCUAGUGCACACAAUAUGCACCAGUAUAAGAUGCAGCCUUUGGUUUGUGACCAUCGCCUACUCAUGGGAGCUCCAGAGUGGCCAGGAGUGACCAGAAUCCUGUUGCCCGUUUCACCCCAGCUCGCUCAAUUGUGCUUCAUGUUGCAUCACCAUACCGGUACCACACUUACCUGCUAGGGAGGUGAGGCGUAAGUCCAACCAAGAGCACACCUCCACUUGCACCAGAGCUGGUGCCUGUACAGUUUGGUCUCGUGGUUGGCGACCCUGCCUGUGGCAGGGAAAUUAAAACUAGAUCAUCUUUAAGGUCCUUUUCAACCCAGGCCAUUCUAUGAUUCUAUGACAAAUAAUGAGGCAGGUUGUGUCUCUUCUGCAAGACAAACAUAACCACUAUGUCCUCCAGUCAACUAUUCUUCCAAUAUAGCCAAUGUGAACAUUUGCAGCUAGUUGUGAACAGUUUUUAGAUCUUCAAUCAUAGUGUUUUUAUUAUCCAUGAAUGCUGCUAUUUUAUAGUCUGUGUUAAUCUUCAAAUAAUAUUGCAUAUGAAUAGCAUAGAAAGAAAUAGACCAACCAGUUAGUAAUCUUAAAUACAGACCUCAUCGGCAAAGAAAAGCUAGAAGAAAAUUGGUAAAAUCUGACCCAUUGCACUUCCAUUGUAGUGAGCACAUCGUCUGUUUCAAAGUGAUCAUUUGAUGCUGAGUUGUGUGUUACACCUUACUGAUUCACAGUUAUGUCCAAGAGAUGCUUUGCAAACAAGAGAGCAAGAGAACAAACAUAACGGUAAGCAGAGAGAAGGCACCUCUAGAUAAUUUUUUUACUUAUUCAAGCAAUUGGAGUUCAGUUUUUAAUUAUUUAUAAUACUUUACAAGUACAGGUUAAGCAUAUCACAGCGUGUUUCCUUCAGAUAAUUCAGCAUUAGCAGUUUAAUCUGUCAUUUCAGUAUCACCUCUGUGAUUUAAAUUGGGCUGAGAAGUUAAAUAAGAAAGCGAAAAAACAGGCCUUGGUAUGGAUUGAUGGAGCCAUAAUCCUGCAGGGAUGUAUGCAGCCAAGGGGUUGAAGUGGUGGAUUUGAGCAAAGCGUGGGGAUUUUUGUGUAAAGUACUAGCUAUCACAGCCUGGUGCAGAAAAGAACUGUGAAAUACAUAAAGAUUUAAUGGUACCACUUCUGUCUACAGACAAUUCUGCCCUCUCUCUUUUCCAUCACAGUCGAGGCAAAACUUCACCACCCAGAAGAAAUUAAGUAGUACUCACAGUUAGUGAGAUUCUGUGAGAACACAGUGGAUCACUGUGCAAAUAAUACUACUUGGACUCUUGCCUCUUGAGAACAAAAAAUCUCAGAGACAUGCUUAGUUUCAGGAGCCUGAAGCAUUGGGGCAGCUCAGUGUCCUCUAUCAGCCCCAUGCCCUGACACAGAAAUACGACCACUGCUAAUCAAGUGGAUGUUCUCCCAAGCAUUCCUCCUGUUGCGUUUGAUUUGAGGCAUCCUGAAGUCAACAUAUUUAGCCUGAUGUUUGAACAGCACACUUCUCAACACACUCCAUUUUCUUUGGCUGGAACUAUUCUAUUGUAAAAGGGAUUAUUCACGUCUUGUGUUUUACUGUUAAUAAAGUUAUUUCUGAUUUAA